AUGUCUAGUGAUCACGAGCAAACCCUUGUGCGGACGUCGAGAAUCGGCAUCAUCGGUGCUGGAAUCAGCGGCAUCGCGGCUGCUAAGGAGCUCUCGAGCUAUAACCCGAGAGUUUUCGAGGCCACCGGCUCAAUCGGUGGCGUCUGGAAGCACUGCUCUUUCGCUUCCACGAAGCUCCAGACCCCUAGGUGCGACUUCGAGUUCUCGGACUACCCGUGGCCCGAGAGAGACAACGUGAGCUUCCCCUCCCACGUCGAGAUACUGGACUACCUGCAUGGGUAUGCCGCGCACUUCGACGUGCUAAAGUACGUGAAGUACAACUCUAGGGUUGUGGAGAUUCGUUACGUUGGUGAGCAUGCAACGUCAACUUUGCCCCAGCAUGAUCACGGAAUGCUGAGCUCUAGCGAGUAUGGUUCGCUGUUGAAAGGCCAACCCGUUUGGGAAGUUGCCGUGGAGACUGGCCCUUCAGAAACUGUUCAGUGGUAUGCCUUCGAGUUCAUUGUGAUGUGCAUCGGGAAGUAUGGCGACGUGCCAAGAAUGCCGGAUUUCCCCCGGAACAAAGGCCGAGAAGUGUUCCAAGGCGAGGUCUUGCACACCCUGGAUUAUGCGAGGCUCGAUGAAGAUGGCGCAAAGAACCUACUCAGAGGGAAGAAGGUGGCCGUCGUUGGCUACAAAAAAUCCGCCAUCGAUGUUGCCAUGGAGUGUGCGGAGGCCAACCAAGGGCCUGAGGGAAAACCAUGCACAAUGGUGAUAAGGACACUGCACUGGACAGUCCCUUCGUACUGGAUAUGGGGACUCCCAUUCUACCUGUUCUAUUCAACAAGGUCCUCGCAGUUCCUCCAUGAAAAGCCCGACCAAAGCUUGCUCUGGACCCUCUUGUGCCCUCUUCUCUCACCUAUGAGGAGGGCCAUCUCAAAGUUCAUCGAGUCGUACUUGGUGUGGAAGCUGCCGCUGGUGAAGUACGGGCUGAAACCAGACCACCCAUUUGAGGAGGACUAUGCAUCUUGCCAGAUGGCCAUAUUGCCCGAGAACUUCUUCUCGGAGGCUGACAAGGGCAAGAUUCAGUUCAAGAGGGCUUCAUCGAGAUGGGAUUUUUGGAGUGGAGGGAUUGAGUUCGAGGACAGGUCCAAGCUGGAGGCGGAUGUGGUUAUCCUGGCCACUGGUUACGAUGGCAAGCAAAAGCUCCAGUCUCUGUUGCCUGAGCCUUUCAGCAGCUUGGUUGUGGACUCUUCUGGAGUCAUGCCCCUCUACAGAGGCACAAUCCACCCCAUGAUCCCAAACAUGGCCUUCGUGGGAUACAUCGAGAGCGUGUCAAAUCUCCACACAGCAGAGCUGAGGUGCAAGUGGCUGGCUCAGCUGGUCAAUGACAGGUUCAAGCUGCCCACAGUUCAGGCCAUGAUCAGGCAGGUGAGCCAGGAGAUGGAGGUGAUGAAGAGGGCCACCAGGUUCUACAAGAGGCACUGCAUCUCCACCUUCAGUAUCAACCACAGCGACGAGCUCUGCCGAGAGAUGGGCUGGAGCCCAUGGAGGAAGAGCAACUGGCUAUCCGAAGCCUUCGGCCCCUACAGCAGCCAGGACUAUGCAGACCAGACGGUGAACAAGAAGAAUGACUAAGCGAGAGAAGCAAUGGAGGGUUUGUUUUACUAGUGGCGAUUAGGACAGAUGAAUAAGGGCAGAUGAAAAGGGAUUUGGUUUGCUAUAUGACUUUUGUUUUGACCAUUAGAGGUCUCGUGCAUUAUUCUACUAUCUGUGAUAUUUUUCCUAUUAUAUAUGGAAUGUUUCA